AUGCAAAAUGCCAAGUCGAUCCCGCGCCAAACUUCCCGCGCGGCUGUCCUUCCCGCGCGGCACUCCUUCCACGCGCGGCCAAACAGCCCGCCGUCGGCCUGCGCACGUUCAGCUCGCCGCCGGUCUCCACGUUCAGCCCGCCGCCGGCGCAGUUUCCAUCAGUUUUCGGUCUCCACGUUCAGCUCGCCGCCGGUCUCCACGUUCAGGCCGCCGCCGGCGCAGUUUCCAUCAGUUUCCAGUCUCCACGUUCAGCUCGCCGCCGGUCUCCACGUUCAGCCCGCCGCCAACUCCAGCAGUUUUCGGUCGCCGCCAUCUCCAUCAUCGCGAGCAGGAGAAUUUUGUGAAGCCAACAUGGGAUCGAGGGUACUAGAGAAUGGAUCUAGCCGUAUUGCACAGCGCAUCGCCAAGUUGCGUGCUUCAAGAUCACGUCGCCGAAAUCAAUUGCUUGACGACUCUUCGGAUGACGAGGCCUACGACAUGAUGACAGCUGUUUGUAUUGUGCGCACAUUCAGAAUGAGCAAGCCACUUUUCUGUCGCAUCAUGGAUGCUGUUGAAGCACAUGAUAAUUACUUUGUGCAGAAAACAGAUGCCUGUGGUGUGCUCGGUCUGAGUUGCUUCCAGAAAGUGACUGCCGCUCUUCGUAUGCUCACAUAUGGAGUCUCUGCUGAUUCUACAGAUGAGUAUAUCCGUAUUGGUGAAAGCACUGCCCUUGAGAGCCUGCGUAAGUUUGUUGCUGCAAUUGUUGAAAUAUUUGAAGCUGAAUACUUGAGACACCCCACUGAGGCUGACGUAGCACGCUUGCUGGCAGUCAAUGAGAAAAGAGGUUUCCCAGGCAUGUUAGGGUCGAUCGAUUGUAUGCAUUGGGAAUGGAAGAAUUGUCCAAUGCAAUCACAGGGGCAGUACAAGGGUCAUGCGAACAGGCCAACUAUCAUUUUAGAAGCUGUUGCAUCUCAUGAUCUUUGGUGUUGGCAUGCAUUUUAUGGCAUGCCUGGCUCUCAUAAUGAUAUAAACGUUCUUCACCGGUCUCCACUGUUUGACAACUUGGCAGAAGGAAAAGCUCCAGAGGUGAACUAUACCAUUAAUGGGCAUGAGUACAAGAUGGGAUAUUUACUCGCCGAUGGUAUUUACCCCCCUUGGGCCACUUUAGUGAAGACCAUCUCUAAUCCUAUGGGCAACAAGGCCAAAUAUUUUGCAAGAGCACAAGAAGCUGUGAGGAAGGAUGUCGAAAGAUUUUUUGGUGUAUUUCAGUCUAGGUUUGCCAUUAUAGCACAUCCAGGUCGCAUUUGGGACAGAGAGACACUAGCAUUGAUCGUGAGGGCUUGUGUUAUAAUGCACAAUAUGAUUGUUGAAGAUGAAAGAGUUCUGGACCCCGAUGAGCGGUUUCCGGAUGCCCCAAAUGAUAAUGUGCAACCUUCUCAUGGGACGCCCACUCGCACACUGGCUGAAUUUAUUGAAGCUAGUAAAAAGAUUAGAGACAAGCCAACACAUUUUCAGUUGCAAGAAGACCUCAUCGAGCACCUAUGGAACCGUCAUCCUGAUUUGUACCCCAUGGAACCGGCAGCAUGA